AUGGUGGAGCAAAUUAAUGCAAACCCAACUGUUUUGGAUGUUAGCGAGCUUCCAAGACGUGGAGAUCAGGCUGACUAUGUAGAUAAGGAGAAUAUUGAGAGAAGUGAAGAAAUACUCUAUCAACAUCGUCUUCAAGAGUUGUCACUUCUUACCGAUUAUGAAACACUUUACGAUAUUGAAGAUACACCUGUGGAAGGCUUGAACGCGUCGUCAUUGAUUAAAGAGGAAUCUAACAUUAGCAUCCAGAGUUCAUUAAGCAACUUGGAGCCCAUAGAUGCACAAGAAAUAUACGAUUUAACAGCAUCAAUAUCAGAUCCGGAACACCCACUCACUCUUGGACAGCUUGCCGUUGUCAAUCUAAACGACAUUGAAGUCAAAAAUGCUUCUGACAAGUCUCAAAUCGGGGAAAUUCUAUUGAGAAUCACACCCACAAUUUCACAGUGUUCACUUGCAACAUUAAUUGGUCUUGGUAUACGAGUGAGACUCGACAGAUGCCUACCAAAGAGGUUUCGGAUUACAAUUCUAUUGAAAGAGGGAACACACCAAACAGAGAAGCAGGUCAACAAACAGUUAAAUGACAAGGAAAGAGUUAGUGCCGCUGCAGAGAACCCUCAGCUACUUAAAGUGAUAAGCAAUAUGCUCAGCUCAUGCGAGUAA